CCCUCCUCUGCUCUAACAAGCCACAAAAACCAAAUCUUUUGUUCUCUUUGCCCAUUUCCCCCUCUAUAGCUUCAAACUCCCCAUCUCUCAUUACCUUGUUGAACCAAAGAUUUGUGACAAUCUAUAUCAAAUGGCAUCUUCUUCUUCUUCUGAGCUGAGCUUGGAUUGCAAACCCCACACCCAUCAUUCUUUGCUUCUGAGAUGCUUCUCCUCCGACCAAAUCAUCACUCAUCAGGAUCAUCAUCAUCAGAACCCACAAAAGCUGGAGGAAUUCCUGUCCCGGCUCGAGGAAGAGAGGCUGAAGAUCGACGCUUUCAAGAGAGAGCUCCCACUCUGCAUGCAACUCCUCACCAAUGCCAUGGAGAGCUCAAGGCAGCAGCUUCAAGCAUACAAAGGCAGCCACCACCAACAUCACCAGCCAACAGUAGUUCUCGAGGAAUUCAUACCACUAAAAAACUCAUCUUUACCACCACCACCCGAAUCGGCUUCCUCGUUAGAGAUCAAGGGAUGUGGCAGCAACACGGACAACAAGGCGAAUUGGAUGACGACGGCUCAGCUAUGGAGCCAAGAGACCAAGCCUCUGCCUCCACCAAAAGACCAAACCCGCGAAACCCAUCAUCAUCAUCAUCAGACGACGAUGAUGAUGAUGGGUUUCAACGUUAGCCCGAAAUUCGGACUGGAUGAAGCUCCAACUCUGGCACUUGCUUCAGCCGUUGGAUCAACAACAGAGGAUGUUAACAACAAUAACCAUCAUGAUUAUCGUCACGAGGAUAGUGACAAAAGAGGUGGUAAUCAACCUCCCGAUCUACAAGCUGUCGGGGCAGUGAACAGUAACGUUAAUGGAUCGAAUGGCGGCGACAAUAACAACAACAACGGUGGUAGUGGUGGUCAGAAUCAUAGGAAGGCGAGGAGGUGUUGGUCGCCUGAUUUGCACAGGAGAUUUGUGAAUGCUCUUCAAAUGCUUGGUGGGUCUCAAGUGGCGACUCCAAAGCAAAUCAGGGAACUGAUGAAGGUUGACGGUUUGACUAAUGAUGAAGUGAAAAGCCAUCUCCAGAAAUAUAGGCUGCACACAAGGAGACCGAGCCCAAGCCCAAGCCCACAGGCGCCAGGUGGGCCAGGGCCGCAGCUCGUGGUCCUAGGCGGGAUCUGGGUCCCACCGGAGUACGCUGCCGCCGCCGGACACGGCGGACACCCGACGCUCUACGGCGCCGCCACCGCCCACGCGCCUCCACACCACUUCUGCGCCGCCCCGAACUCCGCCGCACAGGACUACUACGUCGCCGCCGGUGGAAUGCCGAUCCCCCCUCCGCCGCACCACCACCACCACCACGCGGCGUUUCAGCAGCAUCAUCACCACCAGGUCCACGUGUACAAGACGACGUCGUCCCGGGGGCAUAGCUCCGGCCCGGAGUCCGACGACCGAGCAGCCGCCGCGGGAGAGAGGUCGGAGAGCAUCGAGGAGGAUGGGAAGUCGGACAGCAGCAGCUGGAAGGCAGCGGAGAGCGGCGACAAUAUCGCCGCCGCCGGCGGCGGGAAAGGGCUGGCUGCGUUGAGGGAGAAUGGAGAUGAAUGUGAUCGGAGUGAAAUCACUCUCAAAUUUUAACCCAAACAGAAAAUCGUUACAUAAUUCAUUUCCUACUUUUUAGGGUUUAGGGUUUUUAAUUUAGAUGGAAUUCGGAGUUCGUUGUGUAAUCAUCGCCUAACUUCCCAUUUUAGUGCCUAAAUAUUGUUAUUGUUUCACCUCCAGCCACCCAAUUAAUCGUU